ACGCCAAGUGGUCACGAAUUUGAAUGUUCUCGAAGUGUGUUUGUACUUGAGAAGGUUUAUUUGUUUCUUUACCGCCUGAUUUUUCGUUCAGAUAAUUCACAAUUGUUACGCGUGAUUACUUGGAGCAAACACGUGUUUGCUUCUCAUGUCGUUAUUAUAUAACUGAAUUUAUUUUGAACGGAAAAAUCUCGAGCGAAACAACAUGGCGUCGGGUGGAAGCAACAGGGACAGAUUUCCACAGUUUACAUCGUCGAACUAUGAAAUCCCCUCAUGGCAGGUAGAAUGGAAUAAGCCAUGGUAUCAGCAGUUUCAGGAGAAUCGAAAUGCCCAAAGCAAGUACAAUUCGAGGGGACAUGUUGUAAAUUGUAAGUGCUCGCUAUGCGAAGAAGACAUGGAAUCUGCAUUUAGCCCUCAAGAGAGUGGCGUAGCACAUAAUUUUAAACUUUCUAGAGACGAGAUCGGAGGAGGUACACUUCCUCCGAAUGAAAAGAAGGAACGGCCGCAAAACCAAAGAACGGAAAAUGUGAUUUUAUUCUCCGAUUUGCCGGAAGUUGUACCAUCAACGUCAGCGUCUGCUAAAACCGAAGUUCCCGACGAAAUUCAUGUAAGUGCGUCAUCACAGAACAGUUCCAACUCGUCAGCAGUAUUCGAAAGUUCUACGAACAUCGACACAGACGCAUUAUUUAAUAACUUUGGCAAUCUAUCUGCUAUUCAAUCGAUAUCGGAUCGAGUUACAGAUCUACAAACGCAAGUGAAUAAUUUCUCGGGUGAGAAAGACAGUCGUGAGUUCGUAGUCUUGAGAGGUUUGCUUGUGGCCACCCAGGCCGAACUGAACCGUAUCGACGCAGUCGGCAUCAGAUGGCUCCAGCAGGCAAAAAUUAUCGCUAUGGAGUCGAUUCACGAUCUGCUGAACCAAUUAAAUAGCAAAAUCAGAGAAGAAGACGACUAUUGAAGAACAUUGAAAUCUCGUGAUUCUACGCACGCUUCAAAUACCAUUGUUUUAUCAUCGCUAAUUAAUUUUUGUUGAUAACAUCCGGCCCAAUCACCGCAUGAAAGUUCUUCGAGAAGUUUCGAAAACGUGAUCGUAAAAACACCUGAUGUGCAUCGCGAGACUUUUUACGCGACGUGGACCUACCAGGUGGGCCGGGAAAGUAAUCUCUAGAAACGUACUGUUGUAUGUAAAAGCCGGGCUUAUUUCAAGGUGGUCAUAUUUGUAUGACUCAGCGAACCAUCUUCAAUAUCAAAAGGAAUGCAGAUAUCACAGCGCCAAUACUUUGGAGCUGUCCAUAAGAUACUGUACAAGGACUGAUAUUGCCUUCGGGGUUUUUCGAUGGUAUAAAUAAGUAAGAAUUAAAAGGAAUCGACUUUCCUAGAGA